AUAAUGUUGACCUUGAAUUUCACCACCAUGAAGAUGAUGCAAUUCCAAUAUAGUUUAUCUGCCGUUGUUACAUGAUAAACGGAAUCCUUUUGCUCGCGUGUUUCAUAUCAGCGCUCAUCUGCCAAAAAGAAAUUCAGUUCAGUCAUCCACAAGAUGAGCGCGAUAACACAUAUUUUGUACGGUGGAUACGAAGGUCCGGUCGAAGAAAUUUGUUUAAAUGCUCAAUCACUGGGUGAAGCUCUGCUGAAUAAAUUACGUGCAUCUGGACAUCGAAUUGUAUUGGUGGAUGGAAUCAGUGGUGAAGAGAUCAGCGCGCAUACGUUAUUAACAAAAGCAAUAUGCGUAGCACGGUAUUUAAAAGACAAAUUUGACAUCAAAUCCGGUGAUGUUAUUUCAAUUUGCAGUGAAAACCGGAUUGAAUUUGCCAUUACCAUACACGCAACGCUUUUUCUCGGCGCAACCAUUGCUCCACUUAAUCAAAGCUAUAUCAAAAAUGAGAUGAAUCAUGCGAUUAACUUAUCAAAGCCGAAAAUAAUUUUUGUAUCGCCAUCGAAUUUGGAUAAAAUUAUGGCCGCUGCGAAAAAGAAUUCAUUUAUCGAACAAAUCAUUCUGUAUGAUAAUUCAAAUGACAUGGCAAUGAAUUUGACGGGAAAACAAACACCAAUAUCUUUUAUUCGAAUCAUUGAGACCGACUCACGACCCAACGAUUUUAAAUGUGAACCACAAAAUAUGAAGGAAAAUGUUGCUGCAAUCUUAUGCUCAUCAGGUACGACUGGCUUUCCUAAAGGUGUUCAAACGACUCAGUUCAACUUUUUCAUUGCAAGCGUUCAAUUCCAUGGGCGUUUGCAUCGUGAUGAAAUGCCACCAUCUGGAGAGCCGAUCAUUUUGGGUAAUCUUCCAUUGUUUCAUGCAUAUGGUAUGGUCAUUUACAUGAUCACUUACUUGGCUCGAGAAACGGAAAUCCACAAAACCAUUUUACUCCCGCGAUUUGUGGAAAACGAUUUUCUGCGAUGUAUUCAGACAUACAAAGUAAAUACCGCGUUUUUUGUUCCACCAAUAAUGGUUCUACUUGCGAAAUCGCCGUUAGUUUCGAAAUACGAUCUGAGUUCCUUGCAUGUCAUCAUUUGUGGAGCCGCACCGCUUGGCAAAAAAACUGAAAUCGAAGUGAAGACACGCAUCGGAGUCAAAAUUGUGAGACAGGGUUACGGUAUGUCAGAAGGGACAUUUGCUUUUUGCACACAAGAUGAUAAUCACCAUACAAAUGGUUCGGUUGGUGUUUUGUAUAAGGGAAUCUAUGGGCGAGUGGUCGAUGUUGACACGGGCAAGUAUUUGGGUGUGAGACAAGAGGGUGAACUUCAGUUCAAAGGUCCAAAUACUAUGAAGGGCUAUAUUGGGAAUAGACAAGCCACCAGUGCCACCGUCGAUGCAGAUGGUUGGCUUCAUACCGGAGACAUUGGAUACUACGAUGAAAAUGGCGAAUGGUAUGUUAUAGAUCGAAUUAAAGAGCUCAUCAAAUACAAGGGAUAUCAAGUGCCACCGGCCGAAAUCGAAGCACUCUUACUCACUAAUCCGAACAUCCAAGACGCUGCUGUGAUUGGCAUACCCAACGAACUUGCCGGCGACCUAGCAUUUGCAUUUAUUGUUAAACAAUCAAGUGCACAAAUCACCGAAAUGGAUGUCAUCCGCUACGUUGCAGAGCGUAUAUCACAUCCAAAACGUUUGCACGGCGGAGUCAAAUUCAUAGAUGCCAUACCAAAAAACCCGAGUGGAAAAAUUUUACGGCGCGUUUUACGCGAUAUGAUCAAAAACCACAAGUCGCAAACGAACAUGGGCGAUGAUAAUGAGAAGAAUAUUCUGUACGGUGGACCGGAACCUCCGUUAAUUGAUGAAGAAUCAAAAUCGUUGGGCGAAGUAAUACUGAAGAAGCUCGCCACUAAUGGAAACGAUGUGAUGUUUAUUGAUGGUGUCACUGACACAAAAUUGGCACGACAUGAGACUCGGAAAAAGGUCAUACGUUUGGCGAAGAGCUUGUCGAAUGUGUACGGUGUGAAAGAGGGUGAUGUAAUUGGGUUAUGCAGCGAAAAUCGAUUGGAAUUCCCCGUCAUUGUGUUUGCUGCAUUUUGCUUGGGCGCAACUAUAGCACCGCUAAAUGUUACUUACACCGAUCGUGAAUUUGAUCACGCCAUCACUUUAUCGCGGCCAAAAUUGAUUUUUGCGUCGAGAGCCGUCAGUAAGCGAGCCAUUAAGGUAUCGGAGAAAAAUUCAUUUGUACAAAAAGUUAUACUCAUCGAUUCGGUGUCGAGUGAAAAGGGAAAACAAUUCACCAGCAAACUCACAAUAUCGUAUGACGAACUGGUUGGUUCGGUCAAAAUUGAAGAAUGCUUACAGUUCCAAUGCAAGGCUGUGGAUAUGAAAAAUAAUGUUGCAUUGGUGUUGUGCUCGUCAGGUACCACUGGCUUACCAAAAGGUGUCGAACUGACCCAAUACAAUAUAUUGAUUGGAACUUCGCAACUAAAUGCUACAAUUGCGCAGGCGAUAGCAUUUCUGGGUCGAUUCAGUAUUUUAAUGGUGAUUCCAUGUUUCCAUGCCUACGGCCUUCUAACCAUGCUCGGUAUGUCUGUGUGCGGUGCCGAAAUUGUAUUCCUACCGAAAUUCGAAGAACAUCUUUUCCUGCGAACGAUUCAAACGUACAAAACCAAUUCGGCAUUUUUGGUUCCACCCCUACUGCUAUUUUUGGCCAAAAGUCCAUUGGUCGAUAAGUACGAUGUAAGCUCACUCAUUAUAAUUGGAUGCGGAGCGGCACCGUUGAGCAAGGAAAUUGGUGAUGCGGUCAAAGCACGUUUGAAUAUUCUUGCUUUGCGCCAGGGCUACGGAAUGAGUGAAAUGACAUUGAGUGUAUUGGCCCAAACCGAAGGUUUUGAGAAAGUCGGUAGUGUAGGCACACUGCGACCGGGCACUUGGGGCAAAGUUAUUGAUCCAGAAACGGGCAAAGCACUAGGGCCGAACCAAAGAGGUGAAAUGUGUUUCAAAGGUAGCCCAAUUAUGCGUGGUUACAUUCGAAACGAGGAGGCAACCAAACAAACCAUCGACGCUGACGGAUGGCUUCACACCGGUGACAUUGGCUACUACGAUGAUGAUCUUGAAUGGUUUAUUGUCGAUCGACUCAAAGAAUUAAUCAAGUAUAAGGGUUUCCAAGUACCACCGGCCGAAAUUGAAGCAAUUCUACUCACACAUCCGGAUAUUAUUGACGCGGCCGUGAUCGGUGUUCCAGAUGAAAAUGCUGGUGAAUUGCCAUUUGCUUUUGUGGUACGCAAACCAAAUGCAAAAUUAACCGAAAAGGACGUCAUCGACUUUGUUGCCAAAACUGCAUCGCCUGCAAAACGACUUCAUGGUGGUGUUAAGUUCAUAGAUGCCAUACCAAAAAAUCCCACGGGAAAAAUUCUACGACGUGUUUUACGAGAUCACGUUACCAAAAAGCCAAAAUCAAAGCUGUAAUUUAUUUUACACACACAAAGUUACAUAUACAACAACAACAUCAACAAAUAAAACAAAAAAAUAGACGUGCAAUGUUUAUUUUACCUAUUUUUUUUACCGUUAUUCUGUGGCUUAGAUAUUUUUUUUUUUAAUUAUUUAUUUCACUUUGAUAUUCCAAAUAAGACGAAAAUGGCUGGUGUUUGUGUUUUGAGUUUAACAUCCGAACAGGAUUUUGAAUAAGGUUUAUUUUUUGUUUCUUUAUUUUUGUUCUUUUAUAAUUAGCUUAAAAUAAAAAUUGACACUGUGUGGUUUUUUGAUAGAAUUUUUCUACAAUAAAAACUGUUUCGAGCAAAAUCGAAUUCACAAAACGGAAUAAAA